GAGGCGAGUAUCAACAGCAAGCACCCUUGUUUUCGUGAGCUGAAUAUUUGGGUACAGGUUCAAAACAUCCCUCUAAAUUGGAUCAGUACGGAAGUGGGGCUCAAGAUAGGCCAGGCUUUUCACAAAAUCAAGAAUGUGGUUAUUGCUACUACAGGGAGUCAUGGUGGUAAAAUUCUAAAGCUCUUAGUCACUCUUAAUGUGGAAGAAUCUAUCCCUCGUAUGGCUAAAGUGAGGCUGGGAAAUCAGUUAGUGAUCGUUGGCUUUAAAUACGAGAAACUCAUCAAUCUCUGUCAUUAUUGUGGGAAAAUUGGUCACUUGGAUAGAGCAUGUAGCAUAAAAAUGGAUGAUAUCCGAAAUAAUUCUCUUCAGGAAGAACA